AUGAGGGUUCAGGGGGGCCCCCAGACCCGCCGCCCCGGGGGGCCCCACACAGGGGCACCAGGGGGCCCCCAUGACCCCCAGGGGGCCCCCUGGAGAGCCACGCAGGCUGCUGCAGCAGCAGGGGCCCCCGCCGAGCUGCAGCGGCUGCGGCCUGCAGCAGCAGCAGCAGCAGCAGCAGCAGCAGGCCCGGGGCCCCCCGCUGCAUCAGGGAAGCCUCCGGGGGCCCCCGGGGGCCCCCCAAACCCUAGAAGAGUCCUCAGGGGCCCCGAAACGCAUGCAUUGGGGCUGGGGGUUGCUGGGCCUGGGGGCCCCCCGGGGCUGCUGGCUGGAGAAAAGAAUGUUUCUGGGAUUACCCCGGGGGCUGAGUUGAAGCAGCAAAAAAAAAGGGACACGCAGCAACAGCUGCAGCAGCAGCAGCAACAGCAACAGCAGCUGCAGGAGCAGCAGCAACAGCAACAGCAGCCACAGCAACAGCAGCUGCACCAACAGCAGCCGCAAGAACAACAGCAGCAGCAACAGCAGCACCGGCAAGCCCUCUAUAAGGAACCCUAA